AUUUUCUUCAUUACUUAUUUUAGCACCGCUUGGCAAACACAUUUUUGUGUUGCUCCCAAAAUUUGUACUUGUAUACCAAUAUUUGAUAUUUUUGAAAAACGCAUUUGUGAUGUCUAAGAACAUUGGACCUGGACCUGGAGCUUACAUGCUGCCGAGUUGCUUUGGCCAAAAAGGACCUCGGUACUCCUUCGGCCGUAGGAUUGAUAAAAGGCGAUUCGAGAGGCCUGGACCUGGCCCAGCUGCCUAUAAGGUGGAUAAAGUCACUCGGUAUGGAAAUGCGGUUGGCCCCAAGUUCUCCAUUCUGGUCAGAAAUCACAAGACCAAGCCUCUUCCCAUCAGGAGAUGACAGAUCUAACUAAAUCUAAGUUGUGUUCAAGUCCCCUUAUUAGUAGAAUCUAAUAAACCUAUUUCGGUGAUUUACCAUGA